UCAACAGUGCGCUCCUUCAGGGUACGCUGCUCGUGAGAAUCAUCAUGUAUCAACGAAACAUGAGACUCUAGUUCUUAGAAGUUUAAUAAACGCACAAACGAAUGCAGAUUCAAGACAGACUAGAGUGUAGUGACACGCAACAGUUUCUAUAUGCUCAGCCUCUUAGUGGACGCAGGAAUCAUUUAACUCAUGCCGGCAGUUUUGCAUGUGUCUGAGUGGAGUGUUGAACUCAGUCGUCAGUAAUAGUGUCCCUCGAACAAGAACAACACUGCGAGAACCCUGGAAAAAGUGCGUGGCUCUCCGAAGCAGUUGGUCGGGCUAGGAUGCGGACGGAUACCUGGGAGGGCGUCCACGAUGUGUGGGCAUCAAAUCUCGAACACGCCUUCAAGGAAAUCAGGCAUGUCGUGAAGAAGUAUCCAUACAUAGGCUUUGACACGGAAUUUCCGGGUGUCGUUGCUAUGCCCAUAGGUGAAUUUCGGUCGAUGGGUGAAUAUCAGUACCAGAUCCUUCGGUGCAACGUUGAUUUACUGAAAUUGAUACAGUUGGGACUGACCUUCUUCGAUGAACGGGGAAACCCGAAAGCCACUUGGCAGUUCAACUUCCGCUUUAACCUUAAAGAGGAUAUGUUUGCACAAGAUUCAAUUGAUCUUCUAGCUAACUCAGGCAUAGUGUUCGAACGUCACGCAGAUGAAGGGAUUGAACCGUUCGAAUUCGCACAGUUGCUGAUCACGUCUGGGGUGGUUCUGUGCGAGGGAGUGCAGUGGCUCUGCUUUCACGCUGGAUAUGACUUCGGUUACCUACUCAAGCUAUUAACCGAGGAGAAGAUCCCUGAAAACGAGCACGAAUUCUUCGAACUUUUAAAGAUCUACUUCCCUGUCAUCUAUGAUAUCAAGUACCUGAUGAAGAGCUGUAAAAGCCUCAAGGGCGGGUUGCAGGAGGUGGCGGAGCAGCUGAAGUUAGUCCGUAUCGGACCUCAGCAUACCGCUGGCUCAGACUCGCUCCUGACUGGUGCGGCAUUCUUCAAGAUGCGUGAGAUGUUCUUCGAGGACAACAUCGAUGCCUCGAAGUACUCGGGACACCUGUUCGCAAUCGGGUCAGCGAGUGAGCACUCUCCACCGGCCACUGCCUAGGGGCUCGCUUUGGACCCCAUGAACUCCACAUCAUUCAAGCGUGAUAUUCUAAUUGUUUAGACGAAACAAAUUAAGAGAGAGACUUUCACAAGCACGACCAAUUGUCUUAAGCGGAAAGGGACACUUACCAAAAUUCCAAUACCAGUAUCACCCCAUUUCCUUUUAGUUUUUAUUACCUUUCCUUUCCGUUCACGGUAAAAUGACAGCAGAAAACAUGCACGCAUUAUAGCCGCCUUGCGUACAAGAUAAUAUAGUAAUAAUAAUAGUAAGAAAAGAGAAAAAUAACAAAAUGAGAAAAAAGGUUCAAGAAAGCUGAGCAGUAAAAACAAAACAACAGUUAACAAACACAUCACACGCAACACACGAUUUUCCUUUCGGCAGAGAGCAGAAACGGCAACUGCGAGAGCCCGCCACUAUUUGAAUUACUGCCAACAUUUCGGCGUGAAGUUUUCGAUUAGUUAGGUGGGGAAGCGUGAGGUGCUUGUUUCACGUAAACAGCCAUAAAAAACGCAGCGACAGCAGUUACGACAAUCAUAGCAGCAGUUGCGGUUUAAGAAACAACGAAAAGAUGAUAUGCAAUAGAUGAAGAUAGUGCAACUGUUACAACACUUGUGUGAAAAAGAACGUCAUGAAGGGACAAAACACACAAACGUACAGGUAUCAAUAGACAUCGAACGUGCACAAAAUGAAGACAAUGCUGAUAAACACAGUGUCCACACAACAGAAGUGGAUGACGGCGAAAAACUUUUAUAAUGGAAUAACUAUCACGACUACUAAAGCAGAAUAAGCUAAACGAUGAAGCCGCUGGAAUAAACAGUUGGUCUACCGAAAUACACAUUGACGCAAAUACACACACACACACACACACAGCCGCACAAACAUUGAUUCAUUUAUAUUUGUUAACGAUAGCGUUGAUUAUGGUUUACUUCACAGACAGACCAGUACAACAAAUAAGCAUGCAAAUUUCUUAAAAGGCGAACAGUGCUAUAGCGUACAAGGAAAUCGUACGAAUUGUGUAAAAAAUUGUGUAAGCGAAAUUUAGCUAUAAUAAUAUAGUAGUCAUAAUUCGCGCGCAACAAAAGACGAAGGCAGUUAAGAAGAACUAUGAUCUCAUACAGGAUCACUUGGGCCGUAUGAGAUAUUAGAAAGAGAAAUGCAUGGAUCAGCAAACAAAAGAAAAGAACGACAAAGUCGACGAGUGUGACAGAAUAUAGCAGUGAGCACACAGGUCCGAAAAGACCACGUAUGAAAGUGAUAAAUAAUGAAAGUCAAAACAAAAAUAAGUCAAACGAUAUGCGAAGCAGCACUCAGGGACAACAAUAAUAACAACAACAGCAUCGAAGUAGCGAGUGCGAAAGCGAAGGGGAUAAAGAUUUUAUAUUUGGUGAAAUAGUUGAGUAAGUGCAGUAGCAAUUCAACAGCAGCAAGUGACGAGGUGUCUUGGCGUUAUUUAGUGACGGGAUUAUUUUUGUGUUAUUGUUCGGGUGUAUAUAAGAAACGACAUGAAAUAUGCGUGAUCUAGUGCGUGUAAGCCCGAUGGCGAUGGCGGCGGCUGGCUUCACUGCCGCUGCGGCCAGGCCAGGCCAGGCCACUCCCGCCCCAUAUAAUUGCCACCGACCCCGAAGAUAAAGAACUACUAAAGUACUGUAUGAGAGGGAGUAAAACAGGGUGGGGCAAACGAGCGAGAGAUGUUAUGGUAUGAAACCAAACAUCCGUUGUAAAGAUAUUGUGUAUUAAAUUGUAUUUAAGAUGUCGA